AUGGCUAUACACCCCGAAAGCAUCAGCUCCUCUGCAGAUGAAGACCGACCUGCAGAUAUUCCUAGCGAAGAGGUUCCGGAGGAAGGCCCAAACGAGGUGGCUCCUGGGGAUAAAGCUCAGUCGUCAGCCUCCGAAGGGUUGGACGGAGAAGAUACGCCAGAGCGAGAGUCUCCUGAUGUCUCUGAAAAUGCUCCCCCUCCACGGCCGCAGGAAGCUCAACCAAACCCUGACGAUGAAACUCCACCAUUCGCUGCGGAAGGCGCUCCGCCAUCCCCUGACGAAGAGGCUCCACCAGCCCCUCCGGAAUUAGUCCCUGGCGCGCCUCGAGCUCCUGAUGAGGAGAUUCCUACGGAGCAGCAACGCUCAGAAGCUCCUGAAGUCUCUCCGCGCAGCAGUGCUGUGACGGCGGAACUCACCCCCGAGGAAAAGGUUUGUCUCCUAAGUUCACCUGAGCCUAAAACCAAGCGCAUUUCAUCAUCUACGCAGGAAGCGCUCAAAGAGAAGGCACAGGCCGGAGAAAGGUUCCAACGAGAUCCUUGGUAA